UAAGAAUAUUAGAUUAUUAAUUGUUAUGUUUUGUUGCAUUAAAAGGGAAUCGUUAGAAGAAUCGAAGAAGCAUAAAAGAUUGAAUAAAGAAAUCUAAGUGCUAUAAUAUUAUGGUAUAAUAAUAAUAAUAAUAAUUAGGAUUGAAAAUCGGUAUAAAUUAUUGUUUGUUUGAUUUUAAUGUAGAAUACUUAGGAAAGACUUAUUUAAUUCAUACAUUUAGUGGAGGUCAUAAUAAUAAAGUAUAUUAAAUAUAAAUAUAUAUAAAGGAGAUAUUAAUACUACUUCAUGGAUAUGGUGGAUCAAAUCUUCAUUAUUCUAAAAUAUAUGGAGAAAUAAUAAAAAAAUUUAAAGUUUAUUCAAUUGAUUUACCUGGAAUGGGAUAUUCAAGCAAAUAAGAUAUAAAAAUAGAUUUUUUUGAAGAAGCAAUGGAAUUUUUUAUUGGCACAAUUUCAAAACUAAUAAUGGAAUUAUAUCCUUAGUAAAAAGUGACUUUGAUUGGUCAUUCAUUUGGUGGUUUUGUAGCUGCUCAUCUCCUUGUAAGAUUUCCAAAUUUAUUAAAAAGAUUAAUUUUAUUAAGUCCUGCUGGAAGUACUUAAUACACAUAUUAAUAAAUUAUGUAAGAAUAUUUAUUAAUAUAGUUAAAUGUAAGACUUUUCAUAGUUUCCUUUCUGGAAAAGAUUAAUUAUUAAACAUGUUUAAGUUAAAUGGUAAGGAGUAUUUGCAAUUCCAUAAUAUUUAAAUAAUAGUUUUAUUGGAAGAUAAUUAAUAAAGUAUUAUUUAAAGAAUAGAAUGCAUUUACAAGGUGAUGAAUACACUCUCUGGAAAUCUUACAUAGAUGAAAUGUUAGAAUUACCUGAAGGAUCAGAAAAAUCUAUAUGUUUAUUUUUCCAUUUCCCAGCAUUUGCUAAAAAUUUAAAUUCUAUUGAAACUAUUCUAUCAUAAAAUCACUAUCAAAUUAGCAACAUUCCAAUCUCCUUUUAUUAUGGAUAUUAUGAUUGGAUGGAUAAUUAGGGUGCUAUCAAUUUAACUAUUUACUAAAAUAUUAAAAUUAAAAUAAUUAAUGAUGCUGGACAUCAAUUAAACUUCGAGAACCCUCAAGGUGUAAUUUAAGCUAUAAUAUAAGAAGCAUUAUAAUCAUGAUUUAAUUAAAUAUUAUUGCUAUAAAUUUAUAUAUAUUUUAGUUAAAAUAUCGGAUCCUAAUGAAUCUAUUUAAGAAAAAUCUAAAAUAGAGUAAUACAAAAAAGAAAAGAUUCUAUAGAAACCUUCUAUCUAUUUACUCAGCAUUAGCCUACUAUUUUAUAAGGAAAUUUCAUAUAUCAUGCCAUUCUUAUAAGUAAGCAAUCCUUCCAUAAAUUAAAGUUGAUUAAUCAAAUGAAUCAAUCAAAUAUUUAAAAUUUGAACCAUAUAUGAUUUAAGGUUUAAUCCAAAAAAGUAAUCAAUAUGAAUAUGAUCCAGAUUAUAAAUAUAUAUAAUUAGAUGAAAAAAAGAAAGGAUAUAGUCAAAUUCAUAAAUUAAAAUAAAAACUAAUAUGGAGCAAUUAUUAAAAUCAUUCAAUCCUUUAGAAUUUAAUUUAGAUUAUCAAAAAUAGAAGAUUUUAUCAAAUUAGCUACAAAUAGAUAUCCAAAGAAUAACUAUUUUUUAUACUUUUACUGAAUCUGUUAUCUAUUAUAAAGAUUACAAUCCUUUUUUGA